CUGUGGUUUCGCUGAGCAGAAAAAAAGGAAGUGGCCACUUCAUAUAUACAUGCUUACGUACUGUGCUGUCUAUACAAAGAGGGACGCUUGAGAAGGGGAGCACGGAGUGGCAGUGCUGAAGAGAGCUGCGUGUCGGAAUCCGGAGGGGAUCACUUGGAAGACAAGGCAAAGGCGUGGAGCGAGAGAGCCAAUGAAUCCACAAGGAGGAAAGGCCUAUGGGGCGUUGAAGGUUCAGCAAGAGGAGUUGUUAGAUUCCCUCAACAAGGAAUUCUUGGAGAGCCCAAAAUACAGCACAGAUGAAGACCUUGCUGAAAAACUGGAACUAUUUAAAAAGAAGUACAUGGAAUUUGAUCUCAAUGCACAAGGUGAUAUAGAUAUCAUGGCUCUGAAGCGGAUGUUGGAAAAGUUGGGUGCAGCCAAGACCCACCUAGAACUGAAAAAAAUGAUCACUGAAGUCACAGGAGGGAUGAGAGAAACCAUCAACUACCGUGACUUUGUCGCUAUGAUGCUGGGAAAGCGAUCAGCUAUCCUUAAAAUAAUUUUGAUGUACGAAAGCAUGAAAGAGAAGGAAGAGCUUCCAAAAGGGCCUGCUCCAAAGAAAACAGUGGCAGACCUUCCUUAACCAUUCCCCAG